UCUAGAGCAGUUGUUGACAGUGUACUCGAAGUGAGAGAGGACAAUUGAAGGAUCAAUUGGGUUGGAAAGUGGGCGAGCGAGAGGGGAUUAUAGAGACCUCGCACGAACUCGGCCACCCUGCGGAGGGACGAUCGGUGUGCGGUGGGAGUUAGUGUGACAGGACUCAGAUCCCCCCCUCUGCCACUGCCCCAGCUCUGCGAUUGCAUUUGGCCUAAUUGUGGCGUAACGUUAGGCUGUUGGUCGCACUCUCUGUCCGAUGCAAACUGCAUAGUUUGCAGAGCUCUACUUGGAGCAGAUGCUGUUCCCCUUGAGUGAGCGAAGAGCAGAGGGAGGCUCAUAUUCAGCCAGUGAUUGGCCAAUGUGUGCCUGCAUUGAAGAAACAAGGGGGGCUGUGUAGAACGGAGAGUGUGUGAAAGAGGCUGAAUCCGAAGACUUUUUACGUUCUCUUUUUACAAGCUGCCAUCAUCACCUCUCAAACGUCCUCCGCAGUUUUAGUAAUGCACUGUGAAAAGCUGAGAACUGCAGGGUUCUUUGAUGGAUAUUCAUCUGCGCUGGACAGGUUGGGGGAGGGGUAGAACCGCUCUAAAUUCAAUUGAAUGAUAACCUGAUGACUGAGAGCUCUCGUAAAAACCAACAGUCAUUGUUUCAAGCCGUUCGGGCGCACCAGGGUGCAGCGCACACUUUGGCAUAUUAACUGGAUUUGCCAACUGCUAGAAUGAGGUUGCAUAAUGCACUGCGCUAAAAGUAUUUAGUGUUAAAGGUUAUACCAGGGACUUGUACAAAUGUAGUUAUAGGAUGAAACAUCAUUUGCACAGAGGAGCUGCUGAAUGGAAGUUAUCAGGUUGCAGUUCCCACAGUUGGCCCUGCGGCGGCGCCUAGGCCAGCUGAGCUGCAUGUCCCGGCCUACUGUCCGCCUUCGCUCAUGGCCUCUGUCCUUCCUCUACUACAUCCUGCCCUUUGGAACGCUCAAACCUCUCGCCAAAGUAGGCUGGAGGCCCACAAGCAGAGUUACAAUCUACAAGUCCAUACCCACACGACUGCUCUCCAGAGCCUGGGGUCGCCUGAACCAGGUGGACCUGCCCAAUUGGUUACGGAAACCUAUCUUCAGAUUGUAUAUAUGGACAUUUGGAGUCAACAUGAAGGAAGCGGCAGUGGAGGAUCUACAGCACUACAGAAACCUGGGCGAGUUUUUUAGGCGCAAACUCAAACCUCAGGUCCGGCCAGUGUGCGACUCGCACUGCGUGAUCAGUCCAGCUGACGGCAAGAUCCUUCAUUUUGGCCGUGUGAAGAACUGUGAGGUAGAGCAGGUGAAGGGAGUGACUUACUCCCUGGAAACGUUCCUCGGGCCACGCACCUGGGCAGAGAGUUUAACAGCUACCAGAAAUGAAGAUGACCCUGGCACAUUCCAGGAUGCCCUGGUCACUAAGGAGGGGAAUGAGUUGUUUCACUGUGUAGUUUAUCUGGCUCCAGGUGACUACCACUGCUUCCACUCGCCUACAGACUGGAGGGUGGCACACAGACGGCACUUUCCAGGUUCUCUGAUGUCAGUGAACCCAGGAGUUGCACGAUGGAUCAAGGAACUUUUCUGCCAUAAUGAGCGGGUGGUCUUGAGUGGGGAGUGGACGCACGGCUUCUUUUCACUCACAGCUGUAGGAGCGACAAAUGUGGGAUCUAUACGCAUCUAUUUUGACAAGGAGCUCCGUACCAACAACCCUCGCUACAGCAAAGGAACUUACAAUGAUUUCAGCUACGUAACAAACAACAACCAAGAAGGUGUGAGCAUGAGAAAAGGAGAACACCUGGGCGAGUUCAACUUGGGCUCCACUAUUGUACUGUUAUUCGAAGCUCCACGGGAUUUUACCUUUAAUUUGCAAGCAGGCCAGAAGAUCCGUUUUGGAGAACCACUCGGGACGAUGUAACGCAGACGAGAGGGGAACAGAAUCUGAGGAUGGACACGCCAAUCUGUGUGUAGAUGCAUUCAGGGUCUCAAAAACUAAUACACUCACAUUUGCAGAGAUGUACUCUGUUUGAACUGAGAUACAUGUGUGUUCAUAUGUACUCACACAAACACCACUGUUGCAUUAUUGCCAUUGGGUUCUCCCAGUCAUUUUGUUAGGCUUUUUUGUUGUUGUAAAAUACUUUUACGGCAAAGCUUAGACCAUCAUGUUGUAAAAUAUUUGUUUACCAUGAAAUGCCAUCCAGUUUUUUUUUUUUUUCUUUGGGCUCUAAAUUAUUUUUAUAUUUUGUUUUAUUAAAACGGUUGUUUUGUUUUUCUGUUUGCCCAUAUUGCCUUCGGCUGGAGUCAAACUGUGUGAAGGGUUUGAAGAGUUUCAUUUCCACAGCUAACUUUGCAAGCCUUGGGAAUGUAUGAGAGACCAUCAUUAUUUUGGUUCCUUCGUUUUUCCCAGUCACUCAUCUUUAAAACCUUUCUCUCCGUCCAACUUUUGCUCUUCACGAAGGUGCAAGCCAUUUUGACAGUAAAAUCGUGGCCACAUUUUCUCACUAAGAAAGAGUUUUGGAAAAGACAAGUGAGAAUUAUCACUGCCGUUGUUCUCUGGCAUUGAAUUAUGCCUUUGCUGGUUGGUCUAGCGAUUAGUUUGGAGGUUAAUGUAAAGUAUUUUGCUGUCUCAACUUGAUUAGUGCCAAAACGCAAGAUAUAUUUUUACUAACACACAUUUUUUUGCCCUUUUGAUAUGAAUCAGAGUUCUUGUAAUCUUAUGGCAUGUGUUUUUCGUUCUUGGACUUUUCUCUUUUUUUGACUAACCAGCACCUAGCAAGUUUAACAGACUCUAGACCCUGAGCUAAGGAUAAAGACCCUCCAGUCUCUCUUAAUCUAGACCACAUCUGUAUGAAGAUAAGGGAGAGGACUCUGGAAAUUUUGCUUUGAAUGUGUUAAAAACCAAACACUGGGCUUUUCUGUGCACCAAGCCACACUCUUGUGGAAAUUCUUUUGAAGAAAAGUCUUAUUAAUUCAAUUCAUGUAACAUAGACAUUAAUUACAAACUAGUUCCAAGUGCAAGAAACAUGUCAUUAAUAAAUUUUGAAGAUUAUUUAAAAA